AUCUGUCAGUUUCAUCGCGUCUGAGUGGCCACAGAGCGAGGUCUUCGCAUUCAGAUUCAUGACUCACUCUACUCAGGAAGCAACACAAUAUCACUAGAAAAUGUCCAUAUCGGAUCCUCUGAUCAAAGAACUGAAGGGACAUGUCUUGGAGGCAACAAAAGCAAGCUCAAAUGGAGCUAUUUUGGAUAUUCAUCCAUUUCUUCUUCCACUCUGCCAAGUCCUAGAGUCAAUAUUUCGUAAAGGCUUAAACAACAUUGUCCACUCUGCCUUUGGGAUCACAAGAAGAGAUUACUGGGCAUGGAUAGACAAGACUGCACAGACAUCAGCAGGUUUACAAGGGAACUUCAAGAGAAUUGUGGAGGAAGUGUCCAGCAACCCUAGCGUAAAUACCCCCCAAGGCCGUGGCAGGCUCUUCAUUAGACACGCUCUCAAAUCAAAAUGUCUUCAUGUGCCAGUUGAAACCAUUGUGCGUAUGAAGUGCAAUGAAGGUAUUUACGAAGAAGAUUCUAUCAUAGGAGAUGAGAUUUUAGGAGAGAUUUUUCUGAGUUUGCUGUAUCAGUGUUCCCACCUCCAUUUUGACCUAAAGUUGGAAAAUGCUUCCUUCCUGGAUGAGACAUGGCAACUCCCCCAGUACCAGGAAUAUGAGUUGGUGCCUUGCAUGGACCUGGGAGUCUAUCUUGGGCCAGUCUUUAAUGUAAUCUAUUUGCACAAAUUCAAAUCCAAUAUGGCAUGGUACAAAUCCUUCUGGAAGGUUUCACUGCGACAAUGGAAUUUUCUUGGAGCUCUAAACACCUUUUUCAUUCAGUUACAUUUUUUGCUCAUGCCAAUACCACCACUUUCCUUUCAGAACAAGAUUGAAGUGGGAGAUGUUAUAGAUGAAGCAUUUGGCAUAUGCAUUAAUGGGUGGCGAAGGGGGCGUGUCACAGCUCUUCUGCGGCAGAAGAGGGGGCUUCCAGUGACACUUAAGGUCAUUAAGGGUCACUAUCCAAAUGGAUCUGUCUUCCCUGGGGUCAUUCCACUCCUCCGACGCCUCCACCUGGAUGUGGACAGCCUCCAGGAACGGUUUAGGGAAGCUGCACUUUCUGAGAGUCAGGAGACUUCUUUGACAGGCAGCCACAUAGGGGGUCAAACAGUGCAGUAUAUGGGCAGUGUAUCAGUUGGAGGGUGCGGAGAUGUCUCACAAAUAGAACAUGCUGUAAUGGCAGUGUCUAGUCAGAACCGACAGUCAGUUCCUGUCAUCCUCAUAACUGGAGAGAUUGGCGUUCAGACAUUACUGAAGACUAAUCGAAAGAUGGUAUUAAGUCAUAGUUACACUGAAAUAUCAUCCUGUGGUAGGAGAAAUGACAUGCCUGAUUAUUUUGCAUAUAUUGCAGGGGAUACAAGUUGCACCAUAUCAUCACAUUUUACAUGCUAUGUAUUCAAAGCAGUAUCUGUGGAUCAGAGUAGAGAUAUUCUUCUAACACUAGCUGAUGGGUUCCACAGAACACAUUGGGCUGUUUAAAAGGACCAAAUUAAUGAAAAUUCAGAGGAAAUAGAGUAACACGGAAGUACAAAGAUGUUCUUCAGCCUGUUCCAGGUGGCAUAAUCAUUUGUGAUAUGAUGUGAAGUCAGCAGCCAAAAUACUGUAGUUACCUCAUAGAUCAGUAAUUAUUACAUAGUCCUGAGGAAGUUAAUGUUUUAUAUAUUUCAUUUGUCAUGGAUUUCAUGCUCAAAAAACAUAAAAUAUUGGCGGAAAAUAAUGAACAAGAAAGUUUAUAAAUGUGAUUUUUAUUGUUUUCUUCAACUUGACCUUUAUUGGGCCAUCAAAACUGUCAGAUAUUUGUUUUCAGUAGAGUGAUUCUAUAGGCUAUUUUUUUAAAUUUCAGGUUUAGGAUAAGAGUUCUUCAGUUUACAUAUACGUACAAGUGUGCACAGGCAUGCUUAAAUUAAUAGAGCAGGCAGGCGCGCACGCCCGCGCACACACACACACACACACAAAUAUACACACACACACACAAAUACACACA